CAAUGAGAGUAAAGUCUAUUAUUAACUAAAGUCAAGAGAGCGAUAGGCACGACAGUCCUAGCUCGGUGCAUGCACCGACACUUCGUUGCGAUUGUAAUACUGAUACGACUGUAGAUAUUGUCAGCAAAGUAACUACAGCCUACGAGGACGAGUAGAUCUACUAGUACCGGUAGUAGUACGGAAAUAUGCUGGAAGAUGGCGAGUUUUAUUCCACACUCGGUUCCUCGAUCGCUAGGACUAUUGAUGAAUACGAGCUUCAACUGACCGAGCUGAGCAAGAGCAUAUGGCAGAGGCCUGAACUUGGCUACGAGGAGCAUUUUGCGCACGAUGUUAUUUGCAGUUUCUUAGAAUCUACUGGGCGAUUUCAGGUUGAACGUGAGUUUGCUGGUAUUGCAACCGCUUUCAGGGCAGGGUACUGUUCACCUUCAGGCCAGGGAUGCUCAAACUCACAGAACGUGGUCCUAGGAGGCGAGUCUACCGAUCACCACACUGAUGAAAAAUCUCCGACUAUUGCUUUCCUGUGCGAGUACGAUGCCCUGCCGAAAAUAGGGCAUGCUUGCGGUCAUAACUUAAUUGCAGAAGCUGGCAUUGCAGCUGGUCUUGGCCUUCAAGCAGUUCUGGCUAGUAAGGCAGGCUACGGCAAGCUUAAAGGCAAUGUAGUUAUCAUUGGCACACCAGCUGAGGAGGGUGGUGGCGGCAAGGUGAAGCUGCUGGCAGCACACGCCUUUGACAAUGUGGACGCAGCAAUCAUGGUGCACCCCAGCAACCACCACACCGUGCGGCCGCGCAAGCUGGCACAGAACUUUGUGACGGUCACCUACACUGGCGAGGCGGCUCAUGGUUGCCGUUCGCCGUGGGAUGGCAUCAAUGCACUGGACGCGGCUGUAAGCGCAUACACUGGCCUGUCCACGCUACGGCAGCAAAUGGUGCCAACAUGGCGUGUGCAUGCAAUCCUUGCAGAAGGUGGUGCUGAUCCAGCCAUUGUGCCUGAACACGCUGUACUGGAAGCAUUUGCCCGCGCACCGACGAUCAUUGAGUUGAAGGUGCUCAAGGCGAAAGUUCACGCUAUAUUCCAAGCCGCCGCCCUGGCAACAGGAUGUUCAGUGCAAGUGGACUGGAGCUCUGAGGAACCAGCAUACUAUGCAAACCUCAUUUCUAAUCCAACUAUUGCUAACAUCUUUGAGGAGCAUUUUUCCGCAGCAGGGUUUGUGGAUGGCAAGUCAACUGCGUUCGGGGGCUCCACAGACGUGGGGAACGUGUCCUAUAAGAUUCCAUCACUGCAGCCUAUGUACGAUAUUGAUACCAGUGCAAAGCAGCACACCCGGCCAUUCCAGGAAGCAUCCAACACCAGUACGGCACACCAGCGCACACUGGCCGUUGCCAAGGCCAUGGCUACGACUGGCUUGGAGUUGCUGCUCAAACCAGAGUUGUUAGAUCAGGCCAAAGCAGAACUGAAGUUGCAGCUUGAAGGACAGAUGUCCCACUGCUAGUCUUGUUUACUGAACGGGACUGAAAGUGGUUGAUUGACCUGAUCAUGAUGCAGGCUGCCUGAGCCUGGGCUGCAAUAUCGCCAUUAAUGCUACAUCAACAUCAGCUGUGAUGCACAGCUGCUAGGAUCCUGAGUUCUAGAACAGUGCAUCAUUUUCGAAUCUUACUAUAGUAGAACUAAAAGUCUAUUUAUUAUAGGAUAUUCGAUUGAUAUUCGUUCGGAACCCGAUGGAAGGAAUAUUUUCCCCUUUAGAAUAUUCGUUCGUUUUGACACAUGCGCACACUUUGCUCUUGUGUCGAUCUAUCUUAGUAAGUCUAGAACGGAUGGAGUGAUAUGUA